CCCAUAAAGGAACGCUUAAAGGCCACAUGAGAAUUCACACCGGAGAGUGGCCUUACUCCUGCAAAUUGUGUGGAAAAUGCUGUGCUACAAAGCAAAGCUUUAAAUAUCACAUGAACAUUCACACGGGAGAGAAGCCGUUCAAAUGUGAUCAGUGUAAAAAGAGUUUUGCACGUAAAGGAAGCCUUAUUUCGCACAAGAGGAUUCAUUCAAAAGAGAACCGUUUUACAUGUCAUCGGUGUGGAAUGCGUUUGCCUAGCAUGAAACGCCUCAACAGACAUGUAGUAAUUCAUCCCGGAGAGAAGCCUUUCAAAUGCCCGCAGUGUGAAAGGAGUUUCAGAUUCAGUAACUACCUUAAGAUUCACAUGAGAAUGCACACUGGAGAGAAGCCCUUCACGUGUCAUCUCUGUGGAAAUGGUUUUAGUCGUAAAGCAAGCCUACAGACUCACAUGAGAAUCCACACUGGAGAGAAGCCUUACACUUGCCCUCAGUGCGGAAAGAAUUUUGCAUAUAAAGAAUCCUUUGGUUGCCACAUGAGAACUCACACUGGAGAAACCCCCUUCAGCUGCAAAUUGUGUGGGAAGAGCUUCUCGCAUAAAGGAAAUCUUAGCCAUCACAUGAUAAUUCACACUAGAUAUAAGCCUUUUAAAUGUGAUCAGUGUGGAAAGAGUUUCAGACACAAAGGAUCUUUUAAUUACCACUUAAGGUCUCACUUAAGAGCAAACUCUUUUACAUGCCAUCAAUGUAGAAAGAAUUUCGCCAACAGAAAAGAUCUUAAGAAGCAUAUACUAACUCACACCGGAGAGACACCUUUCAUGUGCCAUAACUGUGGAAAGAGUUUCACACUUAAAGGAAGCCUGAAGACUCACUUAAAAAUUCACACUGGAGAGAAGCCUUUCACUUGCCAUUACUGUAGCAAGACUUUCAGAUUUAAAGGGAACCUCCAGACUCACACGAGACUUCACACUGGAGAGCGGCCUUUCACCUGCCUCAAGUGUGAGAUGUGUUUUACAUACCAAAGAGACCUGAAACGUCAUCUGCAAAGUCAUCCUGGAGAGAAUCUGCAGAGUUCUACGCGUGACCAGAGGUUGAGAAAAAGGAGCAAUUUCAAAAAUCCCCUGCCCAUUUCAUCGGGAGGAACGCGAUUCAAUUGCGAUCAGUGUGAUAAAAAAUUUAUUUUACCAUCACACUUAAAGAUACACCGGAAAAGUCAUGUGGAUGUGAGACGUUAUUGGUGUUCUUCAUGUGGGAAAAGAUUUAAAUGGCUUGGUAAUUUAAAAUGGCACCAGAAAUUACUUAUCUGUGUCAAAUUAAGGCUACGUUCACGCAACACCUGAAUGUGGGCCAAACAUGAACUUCUGACGUCAAAACGUCAAAAUUGCAUUAUUUGACUGAACUGUAGAAAGAGAAUGCACUGUUUAACAUCUUCUCAAAGACCAUAUGCAUAAGGCUUAAAGUUAGAGCUCUUUUGAUGACACCUGCAAGCUGGUUCCAGUCGAACUGCUCCUACUAAAAUGCUUUAACCCAAUGAUUUUCAAACAUUUCCGUGAAUUAUCCCCAGCAAUGUACAUAUUUUAUGUCUCCCUAUAUCUGACACACCCACUUCAGGUCUUGCAGUC